GAGUGCGAUUAUCAUAUGAUAUCUGAAAUUUAUCGAGUUUUACCUUUUCCACCAAACAGAGUGCUGGUGACAGUUAAGACAGAAGUCGCCGAACACCUGUUUGUGAAUAAAACCUCUGUCGAUGCGUUUAGUGUUCAAAACCAGUGCUCAGUCAUCUCAGCGGUGUAAUCUCUUUUCUACGCGAAAUGGAAUCGGCGAUCGACGAGGCCGAAGUGCAGACAUCAUUGCAACAAAAUAAACCUGAAAUGAAUACGGAUUUGUGUACAAUUACAAAAACGUCUCAAUCCAACGAGAAAAAGGACGCAGUCGAUGCUUUGCCAUAUCCAGUUCCACUUAAGCCGGAUCAAGAAUGUUUACCCACUGCAGCUAUGCCAGUACAUAAAAAUGCGAACUGCUAUAAUAUGAAUCACAAAAACCGUGGCAAAUGCAUAAUCUUCAAUCAUGAGGAAUUUGACUUAUCCGAAUUCGCUAAACGAGAGGGUUCGACAUACGAUACGUUAAGACUACAAAAUACUUUUCAGUAUCUCGACUUCGACGUUGAAAUUUAUGAAAAUUUGACAUACAAUCAAAUUAUGGAUGUGAUUGAAAAAGUGAGACAUUUCGAUCAUACGGAUAAUGAUUGUCUUUGUAUCAUUGUUCUAACUCACGGAUUAGACGACGACAUGCUAGUCGCGAAGAAUACCAUAUACGAAUCCGAAAUGCUUUGGAAACCUUUCACUGCCGAUAAAUGUGUUACACUUGCGGGAAAACCAAAGCUAUUUUUCAUUCAGGCUUGCAGAGGUAACAAAACCGACAGUGGUAUUUUACUGACGCAUCGAAGAGUAAUCCCAAAUAUGAAAAUGAAUUCAGGAACUGAUACAUUAUCUUCUUAUACUAUUCCGACUCAUGCAGAUUUUCUGAUAGCUCACAGCUCGGUCCAAGGCUUUGUAAAUUGGAGGGAUCUAUCAACAGGCACAUGGUAUAUACAAUCCUUAUGCGACGUUUUGGAUGAACAUGGAACAGAGAUGGAGUUGAUGAACAUGCUGACUAUAACAGCGCAAAAGGUUGCCACGAACUUUGUUUCCGUUCAUGACAAUUAUGUUUUGCACAAUAAAAAGCAGAUACCAUCAGUGACGUCGAUGCUAACCAGAUUGGUUUACUUCCCACAAAAAUCAGUGACUAACUCGGGAAAAAGUUACUGUAGGCUUUUGUAGUGGUUUCGUGUAAAGAGACGGACAAUCUUUAUGUAUUCAAUAGAUUUAUUUAACACUACUGAAUGAACAAAUAAACAUGAGGACUGAUUAUUAUAAACAAAAGAUAAUAAUUAGAAAAAAUAACUGAAUUUAAAAGAACUCAAUGCGAACAACGGACAUAUUUUAUCUCUAGCUCUUUAGCUAAGCACCACUUUUGGAUAGAUCCACGCUGAUAAUCAAACAUCGAUUACUUGAUCAGUAUAUACGACUGCAGAAAUUACUAGAUACCCUAACAGUAAACAAAUAACAGAGGUCUUUUAUUAGAUGUCUACUAGAUGUCAUCGAAAUUAAUUCGAUUUGUUAUAUUUUCCCUUGAAGAUGAGCACAAAUUCAUUUCUGAGUACAACCUGUAAAACAUUUUUUAGAAUUAGGAGAUGAAUUUUGGUGUACGCGGAUAACAUUGCACUAAUGACAAAUAAUGUCGAAGUGAUGUUAGAUAUAAUAGAAACUUUUAAGACAUUUUUGAUAGAUAGGAAAGUUUCAAGUUAGGCGCAGACAAAACUAUAAUAAAAUGCUGAUGUUUAAUAAGAAAAAAAAAGAAAGGAAAGGAAAUGGACUUGAAAUUCCAAAAAAGACAGCGCGUAAAAAUGUACAGA